AUGCCUGAAAAAGUAGUAAACCACGGUUUUUUAACUGCACAAAGCCGUCCACGUGCUAAGGUUUCAAUUCGCGACCCAUUAUCGUUAACUGACAGGUUAAGACUUGCUAUUCGUGCUUUGCCACUUGAAGUAGUUCCAUUGGUAGUGGUUGUUACUGCAAGUGUUGGUGCUGGUACUUUUGCAAUGAUACAUAAAUUGUGGGCAGAUCCACAAUUGAGAAGGUUUCCUGCUUUUGAAAAUAAUAGAAGGUUUCCUGUUUUUGAACAUAAUAGAAGGUUUCCCGUUUUUGAACAUAAUAGAAGGUUUCCUGUUUUUGAACAUAAGAAAUAA